UUUGUAUACGUAUAAGGCAAAGGAUGUAGGAUUGAUUGACUUGGCUUGAAGUUACCAGACAUAACUCACAUAAGUAUAAACAAAUCGAAAUGGUAAGAUAUUACAAAAAGGCUGUCAGUGAUCACAGCACAGGCGGACAGGCGGUUGUAUCAUGGAGCUCUGCACCGUGCCUUGUGCGUCUUCUACUUGUGAUGUUCUCUCGUGGGCUAAGUAUUGUGUUUUCAGUAGGAAGAAGAACUUUGGAUAUGGUUCUGCUCGUAGGAAAUUGAGUAUUCAGAAGAAUGUCGAACCAGAAAAGGCAUAUCUGUUAGAGAACAUUCGAGGUCGAAUUAGUUGUUUGAAUAAAACGGAUGAAGGUGGGAGCUUUCCACCCCAAUCUAUUUGUGUAGGGGCAAAGGUGAUUUAUGCUGUCUCUCCUGCCUUGGGUCACAACAAGGAAUCACAUCCAGAAUGCAACUCCAGAGUCCCUGCAAUUCUGAAUGCUCUGGAGAAGAUGGAGUUGACUUCAGAGCACGGAGCAUCCGAUAUCAUUGAACUGCAGAAGUUUAGACCGGCUACAGUAGAUGAAAUAGCAGGUGUUCAUACCAGACCCUACAUUUCAGGCCUUGAGAAGGCUAUGAAUCGUGCUUCAGAAGAAGGUCUAAUUCUUAUUGAUGGCUCUGGACCAACUUAUGCCACUGCAACAGUAACAAUUGGCUUAUUUUCUUUAUCUCAAGUCUCAAUUCUCCUAAUUGUUGUUUAUGAUGACAAGUGGUUUCUCUUAGUUGCAUGCUGGCGGCAUGGUUCCAGUGUUGUUAUAUAGUCUUGCUUUGGGGGGGGGGGGGGGGUCCCUAACUUGUUGUUGCUAUUGGUGUUGUCAGUAUUUUAUGGGUGGGUUGAAUAUAUUUGUCAGUGUGUGUUUCUAGUUUGUGCUAUGUAGACUCUCGUCAGCACAACCCUCGUCAAGUCAAGCCUGCUCAGUCAAGAGUGUAUUAAGUUAUUUACCUAUAACUGAAUGAACGAAUCAAUGUUACAUCAGUAUUAUUUCUAUGCUAUAUUGUCUGGAAUGUUUGUAACUAGAGUACUGUCUCACUUUUCCUCUUUGACAAUGAUGCAGACAUUUCAAGAGUCUUUAAUGGCAGCCGGAGCUGGUAUUUCUUUGCUUGAUUCAGUGGUAACGUUUUAAUAUGUGAUGUUACUUUCCUUACUGAUGAAUGCUCACUCCUCCACUUUUAAGCUGCUAGGGUCAUGAAGGACGGGGAUGGCCCACUACCUGCCGUUGUUGCUUCCAUAAUCUGCUAGCAGGCAUGAAUGCUAAAGAGAUGUUUCUGGUACCCUUUGCAACAAAUGGAUACAGCUGGCAUUUGUGGGGAACAACAAGGAGUACUUUAGGUGUUGUUUGAGUUAGGGUGCUUGAUUUCCAACCUUAACAUAUUUAAAAAUCUUGAUAAAAGGUUGUCAUCCCUUUCAUUUUUUCUCGAACGCCUCACUCAAUUCCGUAUCUGAACCAACUGGACAAGGCUGGUCUGGAGAGGGGUUUUAGCUAAUUGUCAGAGAAAGUAUGAAUGCAGUGACAACCCAAAUUCUGAUUUUAUUAGUCAUAUUUCUUUCUCUUUUAAAAUGUCGGACACAAGGCAAGCAAUUGAACCUCUCCAGUCCUCACCACUUGCUGUGAAGCAUCCCAGAAACUUUUCUCCAGUGUCCUUGGCUGAUUAUGGUGCACCAAACACCAGGUAGCUUCAUCGAAAAUUAGUCAGAACCCUCCUGUUGCUUUUGCUUUGAUACGGCCUCCAGGUCAUCAUGCAGUUCCAAAGGGGGCCAUGGGGUUUUGUGUGUUUGGAAAUGUUGCAAUUGCAGCACGUUACGCUCAGCGUGUGCAUGGUUUAAAGCGUGUUUUUAUCAUUGACUUUGAUGUUCAUCAUGGCAAUGGAACCAACGAUGCCUUCUAUGAAGAUCCCAAUGUUUUUUUCCUUUCGACUCACCAAGAUGGGAGUUACCCUGGAACAGGAAAAGUAUAUCAGGUUGGAGCUGGAAAAGGUGAAGGAUCAACUCUGAAUCUUCCUUUACCAGGAGGAUCAGGUGAUACUGCCAUGCAGAAGGUGUUUGAUGAUGUUAUUGCACCAUGUGCACAGAGGUUCAAACCAGAUAUAAUCCUGGUCUCAGCCGGAUAUGAUGCACACAUGCUGGAUCCCCUAGGCAGUCUGCAAUUUACAACAGGGACGUAUUACAUGCUUGCUUACAACAUCAAACAACUAGCCAAGAAUUUGUGUGCCGGCCGUUGUGUCUUUUUCUUGGAAGGAGGGUACAAUCUGUACUCUCUUUCCCACUCAGUUGCAGAAUCAUUCCGUGCUUUGCUUGGGGAACCAAGCUUGGCUAAAACGUCUGAUGAUGUUACUCUCUUGUAUAAAGAACCAUCUAUCAAAAUAAAUCAAGUAAUAGAGAAAAUCAAGUACAUGCAUUCUCUCUGAGAAGAGUUUCAGAUGAAGUAGAUGAUCGUCUGAGUUGUGAGUCCAAAGAGUAUCAAAACUGCCAACAACAUCACAAACAAAAUUCCAUAAACUACCCUCCCUACUACUCCACCUCCAUAGCCGAGCACUACAAGGUACUCAAACCCUGUAUGAAUCCCGAAGAAAACCGUGUUCAUAAGCAAGAAAAUGACCGAUGAAAUACCCAUUUUACCCUUUAUCAGGCUUUGGCUCUUGAUCAUGGCAUUUAGUCCAUGCACAUCUUCAAGCACUGAUACCACACUCGCGAGAUGAUAUAUAACAGUGAUAUAAACAAAGCCCACCAUGUAGACGAUGAAUAAAAGUGUAACAACGGACACUCCGAUUGCUCCGGGCCCCACCGUUACCAGCCAGAUAAUCAUAAUGAACAUAGACAUGACAUUGUAAGCAAGAAGGAUGGCAAAGCUCCAUAGGAAUGUGACCAUUAGGCGUUUCCAGACUUUAGGGACAACGGACAUGACCUUCUUGAAGGUGAUGUCCUUGGCGGUGUAGAUGGAGGCAAUGGUGUAGACAACAGCGGAGGUGGAAAGGAGGGUGAGAAUGAAGAAGAAGAUGGAGUAGGCUAUCUUGAAGAGCCAGAAGAUGGUCCAUUCAGAAUACAGGACAUCUGAUAUCUUGUUGUACGCCUUGGUUCCUCGCUGGAUUCUAUCAAUAAUAUAUUCGUCCCGGAGGAUAUCUGUGAAAAUUAGGUCGGAUAUCUCAACGUGUGCGAGGUAAAUGAAAGCCAGAGGAAUGAUCAUGGCGGAUGUUAUCUGCAUAAAAAUCUUCUUCCAUGUUGAAACCAGGGUGAAUGAUUCCUUGAAUAUGCUGAGGAACCCGAGAAACUGAAUCUCGUCUUGUUCUCUGUCCAUUAAUGUAAUGAUCAGAUGAGAUGAACAAAUAAUUAAUCAAGAAUGUAUAUGUGUGUGCGUACUAUGUAUAUAUGUAAAAAUAUGUAUGUGGAAGAUGAUGUUUUUUCUCAAUAGUUUUACAAGGUCAUUAUAUGUAUUCAUCUGACACCUCAUUAUAUUGAGGGAAGAGGAGGAAAGGUCUAUUCUACGUUGAGAAAAGAACAUUGACUUUUUGUUUUAAAAAGGAGCAAAUUAAGGUUUAAUUAUCCUG